AUGACUUGCUCCAAUUGCUCCUCCGCCGUGGAGAGGGCCUUGGGUCAGCUAGAAUUCGUGGAGCGCUGCCAGGUCGACUUGAUCAACUCGCGGGCUUCCAUCGAUUACAGUGGAGGAUCUGGCGCUGGGCCAGGCGUGCAAGAUCUCUGCGACGAGGUGGAGAACAUCGGCUUCGAGGCGUCAGUGCUGGAAGACUUCCAUGUUCUCGACUGUGAGGCGUCGCCGGGAGGGCGGAUGUCGCUGGACCUGCUGGUCUCCGGGAGCGAAGGAAAAGGCGACGAUGUGGCCUCCGCCACCAAGGUGCUGCUGAGGCUGCCAGGGGUCCUCGAAUGCUUGCCAGGCGCGGAGCAACGUCUCCGCGUUGCCUUUGACCCGACGCAGGUCGGUGCAAGGGACUUGCUUGGAGAGCUGCGGCUUGUGCCAAGAGGCAAACCCAUUGUGGUGCUUCUCCUGCUCGGUGCCCUCGGCGCCUUGUGCCAAUGGAGCACCCUGACUCUGACGCAGGUGCCCUCCUAUAUGCCACCAGUGGCGACUCUCCAACGUCCUGGGCCAAGGUACGACUUGGCUGGGCGACAGCCUCGGUACUACCAGGAGGAGGCGGUAAACCUUUUUUUCCAGUCUGCGAAGGCCAUUCGCAAAGAGAAGGGCAGGCCCAUGCGGCUCCAGCUGGCGGGAGGAACUGGCAAGACUGCGAUUUACACCAUGAUUGCGCAGCGAACUUUGCGGAACAAGCCGUUGGCCCGAAUUGUGAUUCUCGUCCCCUGGAAGGCGCUGGCAGAACAAACCCAUCAGAAGCUUACCGAGUGCGGGCUCAAUACCUGCAUAGUGGGUGAUGGUGUCGCCAGGGUAGAUAGAUCAGUUUGCGUUUUCAACAGUGCUUGCCGUCUGCGCGGGCAAGGAUUCGCUGUGAAGUUGAUCGAUGAAGCUCAUCACACGGAGGGUGAGGGAAUGUUCACCAACGUCAUGCGCCAUCAGAUCCGCGCAGACCUGGAGGGUGACUUCUCGGCCACCUUCCGGGCAAGCGAGGUGGACUAUAGCUACGGCUUCGACAAGGCGGUGAAGGAUGGAUAUCUUUGCGACAUGCAGAGCUUCAUCCUGCCCCUGGUGGCAAGAUCCAAGGAAGAGGAGUAUGCAAAGCUGGCCAAAAUUGUGAAGGAGAGGAAGGCAGAAUGGUCUCCCAUGCUCAUCCUCUUCAACCGCAUAGAGAAUGCAAAAACCUUCUCCGACAUCCUGAAUGCGGAUGACGUCCCAUCUGCUGUGGUGAGCCACAAGGACGGGAGAAACCUUCGGAAGUAUCACCGCCAAGCUUUCGAGGAUGGAGAGCUACAGGUCCUCUGCACGGUGAAAGUUUUCAACGAGGGUAUCGACCUUCCCAUGCUCCGCUCCGUCAUCAUCGCCGAACGAAGGCCGACCAGCGAUAUUGGCGUCGUGCAAGCAGCGAUGCGGGCGCUGCGGCCACACAGAAGCAAGCCGGAUAACAAGGCGUGCGUCGUGCAGGUCGUCAACCCGGGAGUGGACUCGACGGAUCAUUACGUGACAAAGGUGGUUCGGGGCUCUUUGCGUCAAAUCACUGGCCUCUGGCGGGGCAUCGGGUCAGCGAUGCGCUAUGGAGAUCCAUCGGAGCUGGUCGAGAAGGACCCCAACUCCCUCACCCGCCUCCAUCUCAUGGAUACGAGAGGGGAGCCUGCGAAGGCAACGGAUGCUGAAUUGUGGCAUCUGCUUGAGAGUCAGGGCCGGCACCCAUGGCGCAGCAUUCGCAAAUGGCUGUGGGAACUGGUUGCAUGGUGGCGAUAUUUUGGCGAUCAGCCUCGAGACAUCAGAAAUGCUCCGGCCCGGGAGACGCAGCAAAUUGCUCGGUGGAGGCGCGCUCGGCGCAUCGUCCAGGAGCGCAUCCGCUUCGGACUAGUGACUGCUCUUACGGUGACGUUCACAAUCAUCGUCAUCACGCAGGUCCUACCGUGCUUCGAGCAUUGUGACAAGCUGCUGCACAUGCACAUCGUCCCCGGUCUCCCCUGUGUGACAGUGAUCCUGGGCCUGCUGGCCACGCCUGUGCAGCUGUAUUGCGGUCUCCGCUUCCACCUUGGUGCCUAUCACGCAGUCCGGAGCGGCGUUUGGGACAUGAACGUGCUGAUCUCGCUGGGUACAGUUCUUUGUUUUCUGUACUCUCUCAUGGUUGUCGUGCUGAUGAUUUCAACGACGCUUCUUCCUGGAAAAAACAUCGAAUGCAAGGCGCCACCCCCUUCAUAUUUCGAGACGCCGUGCUUCGUGAUCACUUUCGUGCUGCUGGGCAAGCACCUGGAGGCAUGGGCAAAGAACGGUGCUUCCAGCGCGCUCCAGCAACUGCUGUCGCUGCACCCAAGCAAGGCGCACCGACUUCCAAAGGACAGCAUGGAGGUCCAGGACCUACCGGUCCAACUUUUGCACCUCGGAGACACCCUGCAGAUUUAUCCGGGGGAGACGGCACCAGCAGACGGCGUCAUGACCGGCCUCGGCUAUGCCGAGUUUGACGAGCCCGCGCUCUGGCCACAAGUGCAAAUUGAGGUGUCUAUGGCAGAGGAAAGCGAUUUCAACUUAGAGGCGAUCCACACGUUUGUCGCAGUGCUGUCAGAAUCGCUACGUGGUAGAGCGCAUGUGAAAAUUCGUCCUGAUGAUUCCACCCGCACGGGUACUCCAAUGCAAUGUUUUGCGGCCGAUGUGAAGACAUGCGUAGAAUCUCUAGAGAUGCAGGCUUGGCGGCGUUCGCCUGGUCUUGGCAGCACGUUUGAGCUGGUACUGAUUAGUUCGAACAGCGGGUCAUCCGUCAUCCUGGAUGCUGGCAAACGGGCCUUCGUGAGGUGGCAGCAACAAGCGAUCUCUAUGGAGAAAAUGGUGAGCGCUGUAUCGCAUCACCUGGAGGCCAGCUGGCUGCGCCCAGAGGCGCUAAACGAAGGCGUGGCACUCUUUGAGAUCACUCCCGGCUAUGUUUUCAGCUUCUUUCUCGUUGGUGACUGCCGAAGCCGAGUGUCCUGGGAUUUCGACGUGCUGUCACCAUUCCUUUCCCGUUUUCUUGAACGAUUACAGCUGAUCUUCGACAUCGAGCUCAAUUCACAGGUUGUUCAAUGUGGCUCCUUGGGCACUCCACUUGAGCCAGCCGAACGAACGCACGGGAUAGUGGAUGCAACUAUGCUGCAGGCUGAUUUCAUGCGAAGGACUGGCGAGUGGCCCGCAGACACACUUACUCGCGAUGCUAGAUGGCUGCCUCCACUGGUGCGACUGGUUGCAUUCAAGCCUUCCGCCGCAGUGAAGUUGGCCGAUGAACGAGGUCAGGCGCAACAUUCCUUUGCUCUGCAAGGGUUUGGAGCAGUUGCAAUAGCUGCUUGCGAGAAUCAGACAGGUUCUGAAAGCACCCAUCACAGUUUGACUUCAUGCGAAGCAGAGACGGUGACUUCUGGCUGGAUUUCUAGCCUGCGGUCUUGGCUCUCGCUACCAGCACAUGAAUCUGUUGCUGAAGGAGAGCUGCAAGUUGACGCUGACGGAAACCGAGUGGCAUUGCAUGCUGCAAGACCUCGGCUAGACGGGAUUUCCGAUUGGGAGUUCGAGAUCCUGGCGAGAGCAGUGCAUGCACAGUUCUUAAGACGAACUGUGGAGACAUUGCGCAGUCUUGUCGAGUUGGUUGAUUCCCUGCCGGACGUAGAGGUUCGUGAAGAAAUCGCAGCCAUGGCCUUCAAGGCGACCCAGAAAGCGAAGGCAUCAAUCGAAGCCGCGGAGAAGGGUGACUUGCUGCCUUCGCUUGUCGAGUCUCGGCAAGCUCUGCUGCUGGCGCUGACCGCCAUCCAUGACGAUUCCGUGGUGUCGCAGCUGUACUUCUCGUGGGAAUUUAAAUAUGCCGUGUAUUUGCCAAUUUCCAUGCCCAUUCUGGUGCCCAUUCUGACUUCAACUUGGCAGCCAUCUUGCUCGGACUUGCACCUCGUUUUGCAAAGCACUGUCUUUCCUUUUCGGGAGCGAGCGGAGCUGUUGCGGCAUGUGCCCUCAGCUUACUUAGCUUACUUCUCUCACGAUAGGGAGGCCAAGCCUCUGCGCAAGCGUGCCGGCGACAUGGUCAUCGGUGGCUCCAGGUGCCUCAACGGCCGGGCGGAGAUUCGAGUGGAACGUCUGGGAAGCAAGACCCUGCUGAGCCAAAUUACCGCCCUCGUCGAGCGUGCCCAGCUGAAUCGCGCUCCGGUACAGCACGUGGCAGAUGCCGUGGCCCACCGCUUCGUGCCGGCAGUUGUGGCGCUGAGCGUCCUGACGUGGGUCGCAUGGUAUGUGCUGGUCUACGUUUCAAAGACCGUUACACUCGCCGACAUCACCCGGAAUCGCGAAAGCUCGCAGCCGGAGCUGGACAAGGCAUUCUUCGUGCUGGAACACGGCCUCAACGUGUUGCUGGUGGCCUGCCCCUGUGCCCUUGGUCUUGCCACCCCUACGGCAGUCAUGGCCGCGACUGGGGUGGCGGCGAAGUUUGGGAUUCUAGUUCGAUCCGGAGCAGUCCCUCUGGAGCUGGGCUCCAAGAUUCAGCGCAUGGUGCUGGACAAGACGGGCACACUGACGACGGGCAAACCGAAGGCGGCUGCCUCGGCUGUGCUCUGCCCAUGGACUCAAGAGGAGCAGAGCUGGGACCGACUGCUGAGCAGCUUCCGAGAAGCCGAGGAGCUCUCGUCCCGGCGCAAGGUGGCCUUUGCUGUGGACAUGACGACCACGUGGGUGGCCGAUGCGGAGUCCAAGCCGAAGUCGCCUGAUUCCGCGCCUGGGUUCAAGGUGUCGAUGCCAGGAUCUCGGUCAGUGUCGGAGAAGGAGGAUUUGCGCUCAGAGGCGGAGUCUGCGCUUUGGUGGGCUCUCGGCUCGGCGGAAAGUUCGAGCGAGCACCUCAUUGCCAAGGAGCUUGUCGAUGUUGCCGCUCAGAAGGCACGACGACCGCUGUCCAAACCGGCAAGUUUCGAGAGCAUGACCGGUGUUGGUUUGACUUGUGACUUGGAGGGCCUCUGUGUGGAAGUGGCGGCAGCACACCAUUUACUCAAGCGAUGCAAGAGACCUUCCGAGAUCCUGUCUGCCUGGGUUGAGGCGCAGCUUCUGGAGGGCGCCACAGUGGUGGCCGUGGCCGUGGACGAUGUCGUCCUCGGUGUCGUAGCCCUGCGCGAUGCCGUGGCUCCAGGCGCGCGGAUGUGUGUUGCACACUUGGAGAUGUUGGGAGUGGAGGUCUGGAUGUGCACUGGAGAUCACCGGAAGUCCGCCGAGGUCGUGGCCCGGGAGUGCGGCAUCCAGCAGUCACGGGUGGUUGCCCAAGCAUUGCCAGCAGACAAAGUCCGGGUCGUGAAGUACUUGCAGGGCGGCGACACUGACCUCCCAGGCAAGCAGGCGUCGCCUCAGCGAAGUGUGGCCACGGUGGCCAUGGUCGGGGAUGGCAUCAACGAUGCCCCGGCCCUGGCUGCAGCUGAUUUGGGUGUUGCCAUCGGCGCCGGGCAGAAUGUGACAGUGGAUGCGGCGGACAUUGUGCUGGUGCGCAGCGAGCUCUCCGACCUGCUGUCUUUCUUGGCACUGUCCAAGGAGACGCUCAACACCAUUUGGUUCAACUUCAUGCUGCUGGAAUGA